CUUAUAGCGGUAAGACAAACCUGGUCUAUCGGUAGCUGCUAUUGAAUCCGACAAAAUUUCCCGACGGCAUCUUAUUACCCCCGCGGUUCCCUAUAAUUACUACACGCGAACAUUGCGCUUAAGUCAGCUCGGAAUACCCUUAUGGCCGCAGUGCCAAGCGCACUCGUUCAAAGAUGCGUGAAUAUAAAAGCUCAAGAGUCUCGCAAAUCUACAGUCUACUUCAGCUCACUCAGCUCUUUCUUUAAUAUAUUGUGUUUCCCCUUCGUGUUCUAUGGCGCCCUAUUCCACUCAGGUUAUGUGGGGACCGGGGCUCAUCGGAUGCAUCAUAGCUACAAUGCUCUAUGGGAUAUCCUUUGGGCAGUAUAUGUUCUAUCUCCGAUCUUUUCCGCAAGAUUCGAAAACACUCAAGUUAUUCGUAAUGACAGUCUUUCUUUUCGACACGAUUCACCAAUGCGCACUGAUAGGGAUAUUCUGGUCUACCCUUAUUUCGUGCCGACGUAGCACGUCCCUCGAGUGCACGACUGAACUCUCCUGGCAGUUGCUGCUGGGAGUAUUUAUGGGAUAUUCGAUAAUUUUCUUCGUUCAGUGUUUCUAUGCGUACAGGGUGUGGAUAAUCACGGGCAACAAUUACUGGAUCACAGGGAUAAUUUGCGCGCUCACUACUGCAUCGUUCGUUUGUGGCAUGAUCGUCUGUUGUUUAGGAUUAUACACAAGAAGCCCUGAAGUCAUAUUCAGCACCAAGUGGUCGCCAAUAUCGUCAUUCGUUAGCGCAUUAUGUGAUUCUGUCAUCACAGGGUCCGUAUGGUUGUUCAUGCGACCAGCACGAAGAGGCAAUGUUCGGAGAAAGUCAAGAGAUUAUAUCAGUGAUAUGAUGUGGAUUUUUAUCAACAUGGGUUUAUUUUCGUGCAUUUUAGCAAUCUCCGUGACUGUGGUGUAUAUGUUUCAAGAUGGUCUUAUCGGACAGUUCUAUACCGCUGCGCCCGGAGCGGUGAUAGGAAAAUCCUAUAUGAACUCGAUGAUGACGGUGCUCAAUGCUAGGAAGUCCAUCCGCGAACGGGAACGACUUGGCUACAACCUAACGGAGCUUCCUACGAUACCUACAAUACGGUGAUAUUUUCUUGCUGGCAGAAUCGGAUAUGAUAUCCACAUACACUUAUGACCUCUGUAAUCUUCGGCUAGCAAAUGGGGCGUGCCAUCUAUCAUACGACUUUCCUUUUAAUUGCUUUAUAUAUUACAUACACAAAUCAAGGGCCUUCUAUGAUAGUGGCCUAUCUAUGUAGCUUAUACUUAGUUAUCCUGGAGCGCCGCGACUAUGCUGUGUGAUCCCAAAUACUAUCAGAUACAAG